AUAAAGAUAAAAUAUACCAGUGUUUCAAUUCAGUUUAUUCAUACCAACACAAAAGAUAACUGAACAAUGAGUGACGAGACGAUUCGCGACACCUCCGACCGGGGACGACUCUGCGAGCUGAUCGACAGUAAGAAGACGAGGAAAGAAAGAUCCAGGUCCCGCCCCUCCAGACCCAUCUCCGCCAGUAGCUCCACCAGUGAACGAACUAAUAAACACAUCAAACACACCAUCAAAAGAAACAAACUGUUUAUGAUGAUGAAUACACCCGCACUACUCGACGAAACUUCGGAUAAAACUGCGUACGCAGACAUCAAGAGAGUGUUGAAAAGGGCAACUGAUGAGGAUACUGAAAACUUUAGCUCUGUCCAAGAUAUAGAGGAAGAAUCUGAACUAGCUACGAAAACUAUCGAUAAUAAUGAUGGAAAAUCUUCUGCAGUUACAUACAUUAAAUCUAUCAAUUUCUAAAUUGAACCGUUUGAAAUUUAGGAACAUUUCAAAAUGAGCGACAAUGCGAUAAGUUUUACCUCCUUUGUGGAGAGAUCCUCCGACAACAUAAUAAAAAGGGUGAAGAAAGAGAGGUCUCGUUUACGAAGCACCCGACCCCUGAGACCUGGCACCACUAGCUCCAUCACCAAGCGAUCGAGGAAGCUCAACAAGCUGGGCAUCAGCCGCGGCCGCGUCAUCAUGAUGAUGAAGUCACCAUCCGACUUGAAGGAAACCAGGACGGCAGCGCUGAAGAAAAUAUUAAAUCGGCAAAUUGAGUCCAUAAAUGAUGAAAAUGAAGCUGAAGAUUCGUAUCAAGUUAGCGACCCUGACAACAGACAAGAAAGCCAAGAAUUUAUUCCGACAUCCUCACAGAAGCAUAAGAAAUGCAAUAAGUUUUGAAUUUGAUAACAAAUAGUUAGUAUUAGAAUGGGUGAUAAUCCACCACAAACUAUCCCUGAUACUAGAGCGAUACCGGCCCAACCAUCCCUAAAGAACCAAUCUCUGGACACAAAGACUAGGAAGAAGAGACAGAGCAGAUCGCGGUCGCGGACCCCGCACCACGCCCGCAGGAAGCCCUCGCCAGGGUCCCUCGCUAAACUGUGCAAGUACGACCCCAACCGCGUCAGCCGCAGUAAAGUCUACCUCGUGUCAACGCCGAAAAAACUACACAAAUCCCUUUACGAAGACAUUUGUGAAGUUGUGAAAGAUAGUAGUAAUGACGAAAUAUUAGAGAAUACAACGGGACGCCACUGAUAACUUAUUGGAAAAAAGAAAAAACUAAGUCAUAAUCACUGAAAGUGCAACCAUGCCUCCUAAAACGGGAUCAGCGGUAUCAGGUGCCUCCACCUCGGAGACAUGGGAGAUGUCUGACGACGAGGCGAAGGCGCCCGCGCCGGCCGAGAAGGCGGUCAAGCCCCGGCCACACUACUACUUCCCGCCCAUCUGCACGGGCAAGGCCGCCCACGACAUCAUCUGGACGUAUAUAAGGAACAAACUGGAGGGCAAGAAGAAGAAGUUCCCUUGUCCUCCUCACUGUCAGUGUGAAGCCCUUCAGUGCCCAUUCACAUCGAUCAAAGACACGGUCCUGGAUAAGCUUUGCAUACGAGAAACCCUGGAGCUGAACGUGGACCCGUGCAGCUGUGACCCGCUCUGCAUGAAGUUCAAGAAGAAGGGCAGCACCAAGUUCAAGAGCCUUCUAGAGGAGAGCAGCAGCGAGGACACCAGCAGCUCCGAAGACCAGGAGUCUGGAAUCAACUUGAGGAAGAAGAAGGAUAGGAAGAAGGGAGAACACAAAGCCACUUCUGGCAUCGGGACGAAGUUCAACGCUCCUCCGAAGAAGCCGGACUUUGAUGAGGUUCCGAAGUUUAACUUCAGGAAGCUGAAGGGAAGCCUGACGAAGCAGGUGUCGAGGAGCAAGAAGGCCAAGAUGGAGCGCAUCAUCAUAGCCAACAGACGCUGGUUCCCUGAGGACAUGGAGGCCUCGUCUGAUGCUGCCUCGUCAAAUUAGGAUAGCGGAAAAGCUUUCGAGUUCUGAUGCAUGGAGGGAAGAUGGUUCUUUCCUUUUGGAAUGGUUAAGGCAGUCCUCGUCAGCCCCCACCGUAAGAACCCAGAGAACAGCCGACGACGCGACACACUACAAGCGAAGGGUAUCGA